GGACUGAAACCCUUGGAUCAUCGGCAUCAUCGGCCACCCAGCUGAUCAUCACGAACUUGACACGGAGGUUGAAAAGCCGCCCAUGGCACCGGCUGCGUAGAUACAAAGGUGCCGGCUAUUACUGGGCUGCCUGGCUUGAGCUGGGCCGCACAAGCACAUCAUUUUAAGAACAACGGGGACUGAAUAACCCUGAGACGCUACAGCCGGCUCUCAACUUAACCUCUCGUCACUGUCCUCUCCCUUCGCAGUGGGACAGGGAAGGUAAAACUGUAAAAUUGAAGACUGAAAAAGUUAUAUCACAACAAUCUGGAAUAGAAGAAAAAAGAGAAGGUAAAGUUCUACGGGGAGAAAGUAGAAUAAUACCGAAAGAAAAUUGAACAAAACUAAAAGAGACAACAACGCCAAUCAACAAUCAAGAAUAAGGACCAUAAGUGAGAGCUGUUACAAAGGCAAUCCCACCCCUACUACUGGACUGUACUGGUAACCUAGAUGUCACACUUGCCUUGUAUCCUGUGGUGAAAGGUUCUUACCCACCAGCGGCUCCAGGGCUAAGAAACAAAUCAGCGCGAGGGCCAGGUGCAUCUUCGGUAGAAUUUCAGCAGCAUGAAUCACCGAGUUUUGACAAGAAGCUUCCACACAUUUCAUCAUCUUAAUUGCAAUAUCCAGUACAAACCAGCCCUAAGAAAUGAGUGGCAAGCAGUAGUUGGCCUUGAAAUUCAUGCACAGAUUUCAUCAGCCAGCAAACUGUUUUCCCGUGUCAGCACUAAGUAUGGGGCUCCCCCUAACACUCAGGUUGGCAUAUUUGAAUCAGCUCAUCCAGGAACACUGCCAUUCCUGAACAAAAGAUGUGUGGAAGCUGCAAUCAAAACUGCAAUUGCUCUUGAUGCAACAGUGAAUAAAACUUCGCGAUUUGAUCGAAAGCAUUAUUUCUACCCAGAUCUUCCUGCAGGAUACCAAAUCACUCAAGCAGAAUUCCCCAUAGCAAGUAAUGGGAAACUGGAUUUUAUUGUGUAUGAUCCAUCUGUCCAGAAGCUGCCAUAUCGACGCUCAGUUGAUCUCAUACAGCUCCAGCUGGAAGAAGACAGCGGCAAGAGUAUUCAUGAUACAGAUUGCAACAGGGUUCUUGUGGAUCUGAAUCGGGCGGGCCAGCCAUUGAUGGAGCUCGUCUUUGGUCCUCAACUACACUCUGGGGAGGAAGCUGCAGCCAUGGUCAAAGAAGUUGCACUUAUCCUUUCAAAAAUUGGAACUUGCAACUGUAGGAUGCAUGAGGGAGCCCUGCGUGUGGAUGCCAAUAUCUCGGUGCACAGGCCGGGUGAGCCACUGGGCACGCGCACAGAGGUAAAAAAUCUGAACUCCAUUAAAUCACUGGUGAGAGCAGUUGACUAUGAAAUAGAACGACAAAUAAAUAUAUUGGAGUUCGGAGGAAAUGUUAGCAAUGAGACACGGAGUUUUGACAUAUUGACCAAAGAGACUGUCAGCAUGAGGGACAAGGAAGUUUUUCAGGACUAUCGCUUCAUGCCAGAGCCGAAUCUUCCCCCUCUGCACUUGUAUGACUCGUCUGAUCCCUGUUGUGAUCGGAGGGGAUCACUUGAUGUAAAUGAAUUUCGUUCUUCAAUGCCAGAAUUGCCUGAAGCUAUGAGACAGAGGUUGAUGCAGGAAUAUGAUCUCAAGUUAGAGACUGCUAUUAUAUAUGUGAAUGAAGAGGAUCUCCUGGCUUACUUCCUGGCAGUGAUGUCCAACAGGAAACGCAAUCCUCAGGUGGUCUCCAACCUCCUCCUCACCAAUCUUCUGGGUGCCCUCAAUACCACAAACACUCACAUUACUAACAGCCCUCUGUCAACAUCAUCAUUUGGGGAUAUUGUUGACAUGCAGCAAGCCAGAAAAAUCUCUCCCACUGUUUCUCAGGAUGUUAUCAGUGUUAUAUGUGAUGGAGACCCAAGAACUCCAGUACAAAUUGUACAUGACAACAACUGGAUCCAGAUAUCAGAAGAAGACAGCAUUGAAGAGCUUGUAGACAGUGUAUUACGUGAAAGUCCAGACCUGGUUCAGCUAUACAAAGAAAAGAAGAAAAAGAAGUUUUUCAAUGCAUUGAUGGGAAAAAUCAAGAAUGCAAGCAACAACAGGGCAAACAUGAAUAUGGCAAAAGAAGUUCUGCUCAAGAAACUUGACAGUUGAUGCCUUGAUACUCAAGAUUCACCAUCCCCUAAUGCAGAAUAAUCAGUAUGUACAGUUGUUGGAAAAAAAAAUGCAGGACUUGUUUGUUCAAGUUGAUAUACAUUAUUAUUAAAUUUGUCAUAUAAUUUAAACUAAGGCUUUAAAUUUUGUGACCACUAAGUGGUUAUUAGAGUUCACUUUUUUAUUGUGUUCACAAGCACACAUCUUUUUACAUUCUCCUUAAGUUUUCAGUGUAGGUUCAGCAUUAAAGCACUGUGAAAUUGGUCAUAAUGUACCCAAUUCUGUUGUAUUGUCGGUAUCAUAUCAUUGUCAGAGUGCAGUGAAGUUGGUCUUGAUACUCAAGAUUCACCAUCCCCUAAUGCAGAAUAAUCAGUAUGUACAGUUGUUGGAAAAAAAAAUGCAGGACUUGUUUGUUCAAGUUGAUAUACAUUAUUAUUAAAUUUGUCAUAUAAUUUAAACUAAGGCUUUAAAUUUUGUGACAACUAAGUGGUUAUUAGAGUGCACUUCAUAGCAUAGAUUUAGGUCCAUCCAGCUGUGAAUACAAAUGUUCUGAAACUUAUUAAACCAUUGAUAGUAAGUCACCCGCUGAAGGUCUUAUACCCCAUUCUUAGACGUUGCAGCUCCAGGAUUUGCAGGUGCUGUUGAAGUCCUCCACUCCACUGACCACCAGGGCUCUCCAGACACACUUAUACUUCCCUGCUCCACAGCUCAUAGGAGAAAAAAAGUGAAGGUCAACCUCUCCUGGCUGGUUUCUGACCAUGUGGUGUAGAAUAUGAAGAAGUGGGUGCUAUUUCUACUUUUCACCCCACUAUAAGCUGAUCUAGAACUUUUUUGUAAUUGUGUUGCUGAAAUUUAGACCUAACAAACACUCCACAGAAACAAGAAAAAAUGUAAUUUGCAGUGAUACAUUUGUUCAAUAAAGACCAAAUAUACUACAAUGGUAACAGCACACAAUGUAAGGAUGAGAAAAUGAGUCACAUGAUAACUACUUGACUGGAGGUUGAAAUUACGAACAAUCACAUACUUGCUUUACCUUUCAAAAGGUUUCCUAACUUAAGGUUCUUAAUAGCUCAUUCUUUUAUAGCUAGAUAAUGAAGGAUCCAGGAUAGAACAUAAGCUGAUCUCCAAUACACUGCUGAAAGUUUGCAUCAUAAUUCAAUUCACUUUUGACUAACAAAAAUUUAAAUACA